UAAAUAAUUCAUAAUCUCACGUUCCCUUUUAAUUCCCACCAUUAUUAUUCUCACAUCUUCUCUCUCUGUCAAUGUUAUCUUCUCUGCACCAACUUCAACGCAUAAACACGACAAGGCUUCCCAUAUUCUGUCGAAUUGACUUCUGGAAAAAAAAUUGCAGAACAUUCACAAAUUCUAAAGAUGGACGUUGUGGGUGGCUAAAUCUCCUUCUCUAGCUUGACCUUUUAAUGAUACAGAGAUGUGUCUGAGAAGAAACAACAUUACUUUAACAUCAAUCUUAGAUCCUAACUUUUGUACAAGCGAAGCCAUUGGUAUGGGAUAUGAACUAGAUUUUGCUGGACAUCAUCAUCAUCAUUCAUCAGUUGUCUCUACAAUAGUCCUCUUCUCCGCUACAUUAUUCAUUCCUUUAUCUUUGAAAAUCAAUAUACGUGACGGCUUUCACGAAAUUCUUUAAUAACAUUUUCAUACACACAAAAAAACUUACUUUUAGUUAGAAUAAAAAAUUGUAUUGGGAGAUUUGUCUAUCUCUCUGUUCAGAAGAUUAGUCAAAAAUAUGCAAGCUUUUGUAAGUGGGAAGAAAAGGGUUGUAGUAAGUAACGGCAUGUGUUUCUCCAAAGACAAUCUUGAUCUUGGUUCUGAGAAUUACGGGGACGACCCUUUAAUCCCGGGAUUGUCUGAUGACGUGGCAAAGAUGUGUCUGGCGCUGGUUCCGCGUACUAGCUUCCCUUCCAUGGGACGUGUCUGUAAGAAAUGGAGGUAUGUUGUGAAGAGCAAAGAGUUUAUUACUGUGAGAAGACUUGCCGGUAUGCUUGAGGAGUGGCUCUAUGUCUUAACAACGAAUGCUGGAGGGAUAGAGAGCCACUGGGAGGUGAUGGACUCUCAGGGACGUAAACUAUCAUCUCUUCCACCUAUGCCCGGUCCUGCGAAGACAGGGUUUAAGGUGGUUGUGGUUGAUGGGAAACUCCUUGUUGUUGCUGGUUGUGCUUUGAUCAACGGUUCUCUUGUUGCAUCUUCUGAUGUUUAUCAGUUUGAUACUUGCCUCAACAGCUGGAGUAAACUAGAUGACCUGAAGGAAGCACGCUAUGAAUUUGCUUGCGCUGAGGUGAAUGGGCUUGUUUAUGUGGUGGGAGGUCACGGUGUUGAUGGUGAGAGUCUGUCGAGUGCAGAGGUGUGUGAUCCAGAGACUGGUGUCUGGACUUUCAUAGAGUCUCUGAGGCGUCCGAGGUGGGGAUGUUUCGCUAGCGGCUUCAACGGGAAGCUCUACGUGAUGGGUGGGAGAUCCAACUUUACUAUUGGUAACUCAAAACUUGUUGACGUGUAUAACCCUCAGCGCGGCUCCUGGUCUGGCAGCAAAAACGGUUUAACUAUGGUGACAGCUCAUGUUGAAGUAGGAAAGAAGCUGUUCUGUAUUGAUUGGAAGAACCAGAGGAAGAUGUCAGUGUUCAAUGCAGAAGAUGAAACUUGGGAAGUGGUGGCUCUUCCGCUUUCAGGAAGCUCCAGGGCCGGGUUCCAGUUUGGUAAGCUGAAUGGGAAGCUUCUGCUUUUCUCAUCUCAGGAAGAAGCUGGUCGCAUCACAUUACUGUAUGAUCCGGAUGCUGCACCAGGCAAGCAGUGGAUGACAUCUGAGAUAAAACUGUCUGGUCCGUGCGUAUGCAGCGUCACAAUCACAGCCUGAUUGAUGUGAGCUUUAUCGAUACCAUUGUCGUCGUUACAAUUUCUCCACGAAUACAAAUCAAAGAGAGCAUUGUAUCUUGUAUAAGUUGAUACACUGGUUUAAUACAGUUUAAAUAAAGUGGAGAGUGUUUUGUUUGAAACUGCUUUAGUGUUGUUGUGGUGUUCCUCCACCGUUUGUUCCUUGUAACAUAUGAUUGUGUUGAUUUAUGUUUAAUUUGUGAUGGUAAUUAUGUUGAUUGAACA